AUGCCCAGUCGUGCAUCCUCUCCCGUCCCUGAGCCUUCCGACCCGAAGCCCAUCCGGAAGCUCCAGCAGUCACUCAUCAACCGCAUAGCCGCAGGAGAGAUCAUACAUAGACCCUCGAGCGCGCUUAAAGAGCUGAUUGAGAAUUGCCUCGAUGCUGGAGCGAAGUCUAUCAAGGUAACCGUCAAGGAUGGGGGCUUGAAGCUCCUACAGAUUCAGGAUGACGGGUGCGGAAUCAAGAAAGCAGAUCUACCUAUCCUAGCGCAACGCUUCACCACAUCCAAACUGUCGAAAUAUGACGAUCUUCAGCGUCUCACGACGUAUGGCUUUCGUGGUGAAGCCCUUGCAUCCAUCUCGCAUGUUGCGCACUUGACCGUCAUCACGAAGACCAAGAAGGAUAACUGUGCGUGGAGAGCUAGCUACAGUGAAGGCGUCCUUGUAGCGGCGAAGACAGGCGCUUCAGCUGAGCCCAAACCUACCGCGGGGAACGACGGCACGACUAUCAUGGUUGAAGACCUGUUCUAUAAUGCGCCCCAACGACUAUCGGCCCUGCGUGCUAGUGCAGAAGAGUACCGCCACAUCGCCGAUGUCGUAGAGAAGUACUCAAUCCAUAAUGCCUCCGUCUCGUUCACCCUCAAGAAGGUCGGGACAUCGUCUCCCGAUGUUUUGAUGCCUGCAAAUUCGACAACGCCACAAGCCAUCAGUAGUAUCUACGGCCAGAGCGUGGCGAAGUCCCUUCUUAAUGCAAGCAUCACCGCAAAGGCUUCAAACUUCAAGAAGCGAAAACGUAUCAGGCGCGACGACGAAGAGGUAGAAGACUCUGAACCAGAACGCGAGGCAGAGCGCCCAGGCGCAUGGAAGGCGGAGGUGCACUUCACCAACGCGAAUUACCACGCGAAGAAGACGGCGUUUCUGCUCUUCAUCAAUCAUCGUCUCGUGGAGUCGCCACGCAUGAAGCGCGCCAUCGAGGCGGUUUACACUGGCGUCUUACCCAAGGGAACCUCGCCAUUUGUCUAUCUCAGCUUGGAACUCGACCCCGCUACCGUCGACCCCAACGUGCAUCCUACGAAGAAGGAAGUGCACUUCUUGAAUGAGGAGGCUAUCACAGAGCGCAUCGCCGACGAGAUGCAAGCCUUGCUCGCCUCGGUCGGCGAACGGACGUUUGAGUAUCAAACUCUACUCACUGGUGGCGUAGCUGAGAAUAAGAAUGCGCACUCCAAGCUGUACACUAAGGGUAAAGAGAAGGAGCGGAAUUCAUCGCAGGACGACAUACAGGGUUCUGAUUUACCCAAGCCCGCUCCAAAGGACCGCCAGAUACUCUCGCAAUACAAAGUACGAACGUCAGCCGCAGAUCGUACACUGGACUCUAUGUUCCCAGCACCCUCGCGUACUCAGAGUGGCGGCGGCGCUGUUCCUUCCGAACCGUCUACACCCGGUGUGCGCAAGAUGUGGAUACAGGAAAGCUCAGUAAGACUGGAUCAACUUACCAGUCUGCGUAGGAGGGUGAUUAAGAAUCGACACGCACAGUUGCUCGAGAUCAUUCAGAACCAUACGUUUGUCAGCGUUGUGGACCUCGAGCGCGAACUGAGUUUGAUCCAGCAUUCGACCAAGCUGUAUCUCGUCAGCCAUGGUGCGCUAUGCGAGGAACUCUUCUAUCAACUCGGAUUACGCCAGUUCGGCAACCUGCCUCGCUUGAAGCUCGAUCCCCCGCCCUCUCUUCGUGUGCUCAUAUCCUUCGCUGUUGACGCUGAGAAGGGCACUGAAGCGAGCGGGAUGAGCAAGGAGGAGAUUGUUGAUGUGCUUGAGGAGAUGGUCAUCUCCCGACGUGACAUGCUAGGUUCAUUCUUUUCUGUAUGCAUAUCAGAGGAGGGCUUGGUUGAGGCGGUUCCACUCUUGCUUCCGUCGGUGUUGCCGAACCUAGAUAAACUACCUCUAUUCCUCAUGCGCUUGGGGCCACAAGUUGAAUGGCAAGAUGAACAGAAUUGUUACGACAACUUACUUCGAGAGAUCGCUCACUUGUACUCUCCCGGUCCGGGUAUUCUCGGUGAAUCUGGUAUUGGUGAGGAAGACGUAGAAGAACGCGAACAGGCCACAGCGGCAGAAAAGUGGCAGAUCCAACACACGCUCUUUCCGGCCAUGAGACAAUAUCUCCUACCACCAGGGUCAUUGCUUGACCGCGACUUCGUGCAGGUCGCGAACCUACCUGACCUAUACCAUGUUUUCGAGCGGUGUUAG